AUGGGGGCAUGCAGCGACGGCAUACGACGGGUGGAGUUUCCACAAAAAGUCGAGCAGCACGCCGGCGACAUCAGCGAAGAGAAGUGGCGCAGCAAGUGGGGCCAAGGGGGCGUGCAGGGGUGCUGGGACAGGCAAGACUGCACCAGCUACCACGACAGCUACAACACGUCAGAAGAAAGCAAAGAGCGCGGCGCGACCAUGGGCCACUCGCUGGCGGCAGGCGACUUUGUGGAUAUUUACUCGCCCACAGUGAAGGGCUGGAAUGACAGCCUCGCUGCCGCAGAUGUAAGUGGUGUCAACUACGCCGGGGAGGUCAAGGCCAAGGGCAGCAAGGAGAUGGGGUCACCACACCUCCACACGGGGGCAGAGUUCUUCCUGGAACUAGCCAAGAGCGACCAGAUCAGCGGCGAGACGAAGGACAUACUCGCACAGUUUGCGGAGCUGAUCGAGGUGAUGAACAAGGAAGAUGUCGCGAACAUUCUGUCAUACUUUCGAGUGAAGAAAGCAUGCGCGGGGCCAGGACAAACGCAGAAAUGGAAUAUCCACAUCAUGUUCAAUCCUCUGAGCCCGUCGCCAUGGACACAAAAGCUGACGGCCGAGGCGAACGCGCUCAGAAUCGGCAGCGAGAAGACGGAUAUCGAGAUCGGCACAUUCGGAGUGCAGGACCUUCGGCAGGCCACAUGUCGAGCUCUUAAGGUGCUGCAGGCCCAGCAGAUCUUCGGAGCGCCGCCGCCUUCAGCGCUCGAGAGACAGCUCCAGGUGAGGUGCGCCGGGGCCCGCGGCAUCGCGAUGACCGCGAGGGGGGCGAAGGUCCUGCUUGCCGUCCUUGGUGCCGAGAGAAACUUGCUGCGGCUGCGCUGCGGCUUGGGGGUUUCGUUCUCCGCCAGCUCGCAGGGGUUCGGCUCCUGCUCGGAGAGUCCGGGCUGCGCUGUGAGGCUUGCCGGCGGUGGCGUGCAGCUCAGCCCGAAGAUCUUCACCGACAUCGUUCGUCGCUUCUCGAGGCUGACCUGCUUCUCCCCACGGCUCCCCGCCGGCACCAUCGGCUGCUUCGCGAGGCUGUCCUGCUUCAUCCCCGCGAGUUGCGGAGCUCCCCAGCGGCACUGCGACGAGCUCCCCAGCACCACCUUGAGCUCCUUCAUCUCCGGCACCCCGUGCAGGGCUGCUUCCACCGCUUUGCGGUUCAGUGGUGUCGCCGGCGCUGCCAUCAAUGACGAGCUCCGCCUGUUCUACGUUGACGCCCUCCAGGAAGCUGGCCUCGGCCCCGCCGCCUCGGGGCACUCCCCGGCUGGCGCCUCGGGGCUCGCCGCGGGGCGCCAAGGCAGCAAAAGCUGCACGAGCCGCGUCGCCGGCGCCUCGGAGGUCCGCGAAGCCCGCGCAGACUCUGACCUGCUCGAGGGUUGGCGGCGAGCCGUGCGUUCUGUGCACGGCGACUGCGUUGCGCGGGCCGGGCGGGAGGCCUGCGGCUGCUGCCGCGCUCCCAGGGACGCCGCCAAGAGGGAGGCGAUGCUGCGGCUCGCAGCGGCAGAUGCUGACAGGGGCGGAGCGCGCUGCCCUGGCAAAAUGCGGGUGGCCGCGCUGGAGUCCGUCGUCGGACAGGCGAGGCCGCCCGAGGAGGCCCGCCUGCGGUGCCGCACCUCGGGCUUCCGCCGAGGUGCGGCUCGGGGCCCUUCUGGUGUCUGGACUUCUUACCUCGCCUCCCUGGCGUCCAUCACCAGCGGCAUCGACGCCCUCCACGGGGUCGCAGACGUGGAGGACCAGGACGCGAUUGGUAGCGGCAGUAGCCAGAAGGAGACGCUGCACAGCGACAUCGCACAUCUCACAGGCACGCGGGCCGACGUGCCGCUCGAGGGUGUGGGCAGAACGCAUCUGCUGCAGUCGGAACGAGGCAGAAAGUCGAGGCCCGAGCCCGUGUGCGUCUCGCGCCCGAACCGCUGGACCCGGGAGUCGUGGGCGCCGGCCGCGGGCGGCGUGGAGGCGCGGCCAGCGGCGCCCGAGCCCGCGGGGACCGAUCCCUCCGUGGUGGCGCUGCAGCUGGUGCUGCCCCACGUGCCCGAGGGCGUGCUGCUGCGAGCUCUUCAGGAGACCGGCCGCGACCCCGACGCGGCCCUGGAGGCGCUGCUGGCCGCCUCCGCCUCCGCGGCGGCUGGUGCUUGCCCUGCGCCCGUCGAGGAGGAGCAGCCCGCGCAGCAGCCCGCGGCGCGGGCCGCCACCGCUGACCGCCCGGGCUCGCCUGCGCCCGCCGCCGCCGCCGCCGAGCGGGCCGCCGCGGCCGACGAGCGGCGAGCCGCCGCGGCUUCCGAGCAGCGGCCGGCGCCGGCGCCGGCGCGGCAGGAGGAUCGGCCGCAGGCCCCCGCGUGGCAGCCGAUGCUCAGAGCUGCCGGCGCGCCGGGGGCCAAGAAGAGCUUGUACGACCUGCAGACGGAUCGGCUCAAGGCCGCGCUCGGCCCUUCGCCGGCCGCGAGCACCGCUGGCGCGGGCGCGCCGCCGUCGCAGGACUUCCACAAGGGGGGCGGCAAGGGCCGCGUGGGGGGCAGCUGA